CGCACACCGAGGACGCCGCAGAAGAAGAAGAAGAGUUCGUAUUGUAAACACAGGGAUAUGGCUGACGAGAGGGGUGGAGGCGAAGACAACAUCAACGACAACAUGGGCAACCAGUUACAACUUUUACCAGACAACGAGGAAGAGGAGGAGGAGGAAGAUGAAAUGGAGACUGAAGACCGAGAUGGUGAGGGGGCAGAGAAGCCGACCAUCAUCACCUUUGACCCCAGUCUUCCCACAUCACAUGCUUAUCUGGGUUCGGACAUGGAGGAGUUUCACGGCCGCACAGUCCACGACGACGACAGCUGUCAGACCAUCCCUGUGCUGCCGCACACGGCGGUGAUGCUGGUGCCUGGCCAGACACUUCCUCUGCAGCUCUUCAGGCCACAGGAAGUCAGCAUGAUGAGGAGCGUCAUCCAGAGAGACCGCACCUUUGCUGUGCUCGCACACAGUGACGCAGUUGAGCAGGAGGCAGAGUUUGGGACGACCGCUGAAAUCUAUGCAUACAGGGAGGAGCAGGAGUAUGGCAUUGAAACAGUCAAAGUGAAAGCUGUGGGGAGGCAGAGAUUCAAGGUCCAUGAGAUAAGAACUCAAGCAGAUGGGAUCAAACAAGCCAAAGUACAGAUCCUUCCUGAACGAAUCCUUCCAGAUCCCCUCUCUGCUGUGCAGCUGACACCCCUCUCCAGGCUCCACAUGCACCCAUCCUCCAAACCCCCAACGCAGAGCUGCAAGCAGGCCCAGUGCUGGUGGAAUAACUACCAACAGAGGAAGUUUCACUGUGCCAGUCUGACGCCAUGGCCACCCUGGGUCUAUGCACUCUAUGACUCGGAGUCGCUCAUGAACAGAGUGAAGAAACAGCUCCACGAAUGGGAUGAGAAUCUGAAGGAUGACUCUCUCCCUACGAACGCCGUAGACUUCUCCUACAGAGUGGCGGCCUGUCUGCCCAUAGACGACGCUCUGCGGCUCCAGCUGCUGAAGAUAGACAGUGCCAUCCAGAGACUUCGCUGUGAACUGGACAUCAUGGACCGGUGCACGUCACUGUGCUGUAAGCAGUGCCAGGACAUAGAAAUCACCACAAAAAACGAAAUUUUCAGUUUGUCUCUUUACGGCCCCAUGGCUGCAUAUGUCAACCCUCACGGUUAUGUCCAUGAAACCCUCACUGUCUACAAAACCAACAACCUCAACCUGGUCGGCAGGCCAUCCACACUGCACAGCUGGUUUCCAGGGUAUGCCUGGACAAUUGCUCAGUGCCGGAUCUGCGGGUCUCACAUGGGUUGGAAGUUUACUGCCACCAAGAAGGACUUGUCUCCGCCUCGUUUCUGGGGUCUGACCCGUUCAGCUAUGCUCCCCCGUAUCCCCCCGGGCGAGGGGGAGGAGGGGAGGGAGGGCUCUCGCCUCUUCUGCCUGUGACAUCGGACCAUCACUCUGCAAACCCCUGUGAGCCCGGAUGUUCAGCCACGCUCUAGCAGCAAUUCCUUCUAGUAAUCAGUGCAUCACACACCUCCUGUCACCCCUGGCAGCAAAUCCAUCAUAUUAGUGGAGAGGUCAGUCGGCCUUUAUAUUAGAACAGGAUGGAGGCAGUGAUUGUUCUGAGGGGUUCUUAAAAUGUGGAGGCAGUGGUGAGACAACUCUGUGCGUUGUGAUAUAGUAAGAAGCAAAUGAAGGAACAGCCAGGUAGUUACAGACACACCCAGAAACACAAAAGCAACGCUUAAUGUAUUUGCUCCUCAAAUCGAGAGUGUGGCUGCAUGUAGUUGAGAUCAUCGAUGACAAGUAGGUUGUGUUAAACAACUUAAACUUGUUGUAAAAAACCAACCUGUCCACAUACAGUAAAUCCACUUAGCGUUCAGAUCGCUUUGCAGUUUCUCAGACCUGUUUUCUCUUAUUUCAGCUGCUGUAGGUCAACGGAGGGAACUGUUUGAACGGAAGCGCUCAUGUCUGAGUAGAUCUGUUAUGAUAGGGGGAUGUUUUGAAUCUUGGAAUCAAAGUGGAUGUAUUUUUGUAUGCAAGAAGAUUGGAUAUUAAUUGAACAUACUCAUUAGUGUGAGGAGAAAUUGAGCUGUUUUUAGGUGACACCAGUUUUUGUGUAAUAAGAAAAAACUGGGGUGAAAAUAAUGAGUAUGUGUAAAAUACUUGAUAUAAUUGGUGUCCGUUUUGUUUUCGAGUGAAGAUCCAUUUUUUUGUAAGAUGAUGUGCGUAGUCAAGUUUUUGCUUGUGUGGUUGCACAAGUGGACAUUUCAAAUGUCUAAUGGCAGAUAAUAUUUUUUUAAAGGUCAAAGCAAAUGAAGACAGAGUGAGCUGAGUGUUUACCCUCCUUCAUUUAGUCAGUUCAUUUUGUGUGGCAUGUUAAAUGUUGUGCCCAUUCUCCAGCUCAGUGUCUUCUGGUAAAUAAAAGCCGUGAACUGCAGACGUGAAUGAAAGAUUGUACGUGGCGAAGAGAUGAUGAGACGUUGAUUUGAUUUAAGUUUUUCUGGGUUCUCUUUGGUUUGUGGUCUCACAGUUUUCAUGAUUCUACUUGCAAUUGUGUUGCAAGGUGCUGGCUCAAGUAAAUGUAACUGUAAAAAAAAAGAGGCAAUUUUAGCAUUUGUUGUGUGAUAUAGCUGGUGUUCUACUGUUUGUAGAAUCAAACUCUUAGUUCUCAUAUCUCUUCGUGUCACAGAGAAUUGUCAACCAUAGGAAGAGUAAUUGAAUGCAAUAAGAAACACCUAGAAUCGGAACAUGUUCCUCUGUCUCAUGAAAUGGUGUUGGAUAUUUUCUCAAAGGAAUAGAAAUUUUGGAAAUUCAAGGUUGUUUGGUCGCUUACUUAGAGUUAAAUGAGGAGAUUGGUACCACUCAUAUCUUUAGGAUGAAUAUGAAACUUAAGUGGCAGUUUGCUCGAACUCUAAGCAUCCAAGCAAACAAGUUGUUCUUCAAAAAUGUCAAAAUUUUACAUUAAAAUAAAACAAAUUUGACCUUCUUGUUUGUUAUCGUAAUGGCUGAAACACUGCUGUAUGGGUCUAGUUUUCAGUCGACACUUGACUUUGUCAUCUCCUGCAGUUUGUUUUUAUUGAAUCUUUUCUUUGAUCCUCAUAUUCUAGUGGUAGUACCUCAAAAAUCAGAAAACGUGAACUUCUUCAGAAAAGAUUUCUCUUUUUCUUUCUUUUUUACGAGAAAUUGUCUCAAAACUUUUACUUUUAAUUCUCAAGUUUUAUGUCAUAUCGUCACAUCAAUGUGUUUGAUUUAGGAGGGUUUUUGACCGUAAGAAUAUAUUGUGUCAUGCCUCUUUUGAAAAUACUCAAAAAAAUACUCUAGUGAAAACACUGCUUCAGUGAUUGAGAGACUUUCAUUCAUCCCAACGAUAAAAUAGAUGCUUCACUGAAGAAAUCAACGGGAUGGUUCCAAAGAGAGACUUUUCUUGUACAUACACGGAUCAGCCACAUCAUUACCUUGGACACUCAAGGUAGGGGGGAGCAGCAGGAGACAGAUAUGAUAAUACAUGUCCAUGUGUGUGUAUUUGUUGACUUAUCAUUUUGAGGAGCAGUUUGAGUUAUAGUCCCUGGAAAGUGAGGACGUUUUGUCCAGUCCUUACAACGUCAAUGGGCUGUUUGAGGGAAAGACUUGGUUUCAAUGUUGGGUUUGAUUACGGUUAAGGUAAGGCGCUAUAGAAUGCAUUAUGUCGACGAGUGUCCUUACUGAUUGACAUAAUGUCUGUGUGUGUCUCUGAGCUGAGAGCCCUUGUCAAGCUGAUGAGUUGAGAUUCAACAAGGAGGUGAAAGGCUCCACGUGGCUUUAUCUGCAGAUGUGAAGGUCUGCAGAUAAAGCCACGUGUGUCUUCACAUUGUUUGUGGGCUUUCGUGUGUCUGCAUAUUUUUUCGCAGGGUAUUAAUCUCUCAUGCAGAUACACGUGGAUAGAGGAUGAUUUGUAUGCUAGCCGAGCGAGAUGCUCAGAGUGGGAGAGGAGACUUGUUGUCACUGAGGACUUGAACAUAAAAGAAGAGCAUUUGUGGUAAUAGUUUGGUCAUCCACACGUGCAUGCAACAUGUUUUCUCAUAUCUCUUCAGAUCAGCUUGAUCACAGUAAUAAUCUUGACCUGUUUUGUGACUUCAGCAGUCAUUGUGUCACACGCUGUGUUUCUCUCCAGUAAAAUGUCUUGCUUCAUGAAA